AUGCGCACACGAGACAUUAAUAUCAAGUUUCGACAUCUUCAACUCCAUAUACCUUCAUAUCGCACUCAUUUUUUUUUCUCUGGUUUUCUUUUCUUUACCAUUUUCCUUCCUUUCUUUCUUUCUUCUCGCUCUUCCUCCGGUCCUUCUCUCGAUUCUUCCUCCGGUCCUUCUCUCGAUUCUUCCUCCGGUCCUUCUCUCAAUUCUUCCUCCGGUCCUUCUCUCAAUUCUUCCCCCGGUCCUUCUCUCAAUUCUUCCCCCGGUCCUUCUCUCUUCCCCCGGUCUUUCUCUGUUCUCUCAAUUCUUCCCCCGGUCCUUCUCUGUUCCCCCGAUCCUUCCCUCAGUUCUUCCCCCGGUCCUUCUCUCAAUUCUUCCCCCGGUCCUUCAUUCCUCCGGUCCUUCUCUCUCCCCUCAAUUUUUCCUUCGGUCUUUCUCUCUCCUCUCAAUUUUUCCUCAGGUCCUUCUCUCUUCCCCCGGUCCUUCUCUCAAUUCUUCCUCUGGUCCUUCUCUCAAUUCUUCCCCCGGUCCUUCUCUCUCCCCUCAAUUCUACCUUCGGUCCUUCUCUCGAUCGAAAAAAAUAAGUAG